UCCUGACCAUCCUGGCCUCCAUUCGUCACGUCGGGCCAUGCGAGAGUCAAGUCCACAUGGCGACAGCAAUGGUUGAAGUUGGGCCCAGCCGAAGCACAAUGGCGUUCGAGAAUGCCCACCUGGCCUCAUUCUGGAAACGACUGCCACCAUGACAGACUACGUGGCGCUCAAGUCGCCAGGCAAGCCGCCGAAGGACGAUGCCGCGUUGGCCGUCGAGGUGGCCGAGGAGACCAAGUGGAACUCGGUCCCGCAUCCUCUCGAGUCGGCCAACUUGUUCUCGUUCGUCGGAGUGAACUGGAUGGGUCCGCUCAUGUCAAAAGGGGCCAAGACGGCGCUCGUGGAAGACGACAUUUGGCCAUUACCGCACUUCGACACGGCUGGCAACCAGUCCAACUCAUUUGAACGACACUGGGCCGACCAGCUCAAGCUCGAAUCGCCUAAUCUUGCUGUGGCGCUCUUCCGCACGCUCAAGCCGCGCAUCCUCAGCUCGUUUCUGCUGUACGUUCUCUCUGGCGCCAUCCUCAUGGUCCAACCGAUCAUGAUCAAGAGCAUGUUGCAGUACUUGACGCUGUACGACAAGCCCAACUUUACCACGUCGCUCGGAGUCACCAACGGGUACGCGCUCGCGGCGCUCCUCACAGCGCUCACGUUUGUGUCGGUGACGGUCGGUGACUUUGGUCAAUUCCUCACGAACCGACUCGGGUGCAAUGCAAAGAUCAUCUUGAUUGACAACGUGUUCCGAAAGAUCCUGCGCAUGUCAGGCCAUGCCAAGAAGGCCAUGACCACCGGCGAGAUCGUCACGAUGGCGUCUGUGGAUGCUGACCGACUGUUCUUUGGCUUUAUGCUGGGUUACUGGACGCUCAUCAGCCCCAUGAUGCUUCUCGCGGUGUUCAUCUUGAUCGGAAACGAACUCGACUGGGUCUCUGGCCUCGUCGGCGGCCUCCUCAUGCUGCUCUUCCUGUACUUUGGCUUUGUGUCCGGCAAACACGUCGGCCAGGUCCGGCGCAAAGUCCUCGGCGUUCAAUCGGAACGGGUCAAGCUCACAAACGAAGUCCUCCAAGGCAUCCGCGUCGUCAAGUUGUACGCGUGGGAAUCGUCGCUGGCCGACCAACUCGCGGAAAUCCGAUCGCGCGAGCUCGCCCUCCUCAAGAAAUACCAAACGCACCGCAUCCUGAACACGGUCUUCAUGUCCGUGGCGCCCGUGAUCUCGCUCGCAGCGUGCUUGAUGAUCUAUGUCGCACGUGGCUACACCCUCACGACGCCGUUGGCUUUCACGGCGCUGGCUUACAUGAACAUCGCCCGCCAGCCGUGCACGGUGUUUAGUACCGCCGUGAUGGGGCUGUCGGAAGCAUGGGCGUCAUGCCAACGCAUCACCAAGUUCCUCGUCGCUGAUGAGAUUCCGCUCUUGGAAGGGACGCACCACGCUGGGAAGGCCGACGACGACGUGCCCGUGAUCGAGAUUGCCGAUGGCAACUUUAGCUGGGAUGCCACGAGCAAGGCAUCGACGGAACAGCAGCACGAUUCGGUUGCGCCGGUCGGGCCGACCGACGUCGCAGUCCACGAGGCGGCCGCCGUGACGCUGUCCAGCAUCAACCUCCACAUCCAACCCAAUACGCUCACGAUCAUUGUGGGCAGCGUCGGCAGCGGCAAGUCGAGUCUGGUCAGCGCCAUCCUGGGCGAAAUCCACCAGAUCAGCGGCAGCCACAACGUGCGGGCGCAUUUUUCGUACGUGAACCAAGAAGCGUGGAUCCAGCACGCCACACUCAAGCAAAACAUCCUGUUCGACUCGCCAUACGACGAAGCGCUGUACCACGAGGUGCUGUCGGCUUGCCAGCUCGAGACGGACUUGGCCAUGCUCCCUCGCGGCGACGAGACCGAGAUCGGCGAGCGCGGCAUCAACUUGAGCGGCGGCCAAAAGGCCCGCGUGAGUCUGGCUCGCGCGCUGUACCACCGCCGCGCGAACGUGUUCCUUUUGGACGAUCCUUUGAGCGCGCUCGACGUGCAUGUGGCCAACGCCGUAUUCGAACAAUGCGUGCAAGGGCUCCUCAAGGACAAAACGACCAUCCUCGUGCUGAACAGCCACUACCACUUUUUGCCGCACGCGGACCGCGUGCUGGUGAUGGCGGACGGCGCGAUUGUCGGCGAUGGCAAGUUUACCCAGCUCAAGGUCGACUUUCCGCACCUGCUGAGCUUUGUUGAGAAGAAGGAAGUGGCCGAUGGCAACGAUAGCGACGCUGCGGACAGCAAGGAUGCCACGCCGGAAGAGAAAAAGAAAGCCGAUGCAACCAAACAAGGGCCCCCCGGUGGUGGCCGCGGCGGAGGACUCAUGGACAAAGAAGAUCGCGCCCAGGGACUCGUCACCUUCAACACGUACAAGAUGUACUUUGGCUCGAGCGGGUACAACGGCGUGGUCGUAAUCCUGUCCAUCAUUGUCAUCUUCACGGCUGCCCAAGCCGCGGCCGCCAUGACGGACUGGUACAUGAGCUACUGGGCCAACAACAUUGCCCUCAACAACUCCAUGACGACGGGGUGGUAUUACCUCAUGAUUGCGAUCUCGUCGCUCGUGCUGUACUACGGCCGCUCCAUCUACGUCCUAUUUGUCGCGAUCGCAUGCUCGCGGUCUCUCCACGCCAAGGUGUUCCAAGCCGUUGUGAGCGCGCCCGUCCCGACCUUCUUUGACGUGACUCCCAUGGGCCGCAUCCUGAAUCGGUUUUCGUCCGACCUGGACCAAGUCGACUCGAUGCUGCCGUUCUUUGGCAUGAUGGUGCUCCAGUUUUUGUUUAUGAUAUUCGCCAUUCUCAUCGUGUGCGCCGGGUCGACGCCGUGGAUUCUCAUCGCAUACGUCCCCAUCGCGUUCCUCUUCAAGUGGCUCCAGCAGUACUACAACGUGUCGUCGGCCGAGCUCAAACGGAUGGACGGGAUCGCGCGGUCGCCGGUCGUGACACUUGUCGGCGAAGCCAUCAACGGUCUCUCGACCAUUCGCGCAUUCAACAUGACCGGCCAGAUCUCGGACAAGCAGCGCAAGGCGCUGGACCACUACAUCAGCUUCUCGUUUGCGUACACGUGCUCGGGCCGGUGGUUCCAGCUGCGCCUCGACUGGGUCUCUUCCUUUGUGAUCACGGGUAUGUGAGGUCAUACCACGCUCUCCGUCCUUCUCACGUGCCUCUCGUUUCGGUCGUUUUCUAGCCGUCGCGUUCAUUGCGGUGGCCACCCGCAGCUCGAUCGGGGUGACCGCUGCCGGGCUCGCACUGACGUACUCGUCGCAGCUCUCGACUGUCCUCUCGCGCACGGCAGUCUUCGUCACGUUUGUUGAAAACACCAUGACAUCCGUCGAACGCCUUGGUCACUACAACUCGUUGGAAAAUGAAGACACCGGCCACAACACGACGACGAAGGUCGCAGCUUCGUGGCCGACGCAGGGCGAGAUCACAUUUACCAACUACUCGAUGCGGUACCGCGAGCACUUGGAUUUGGUCCUCAACGACGUGAGUUUCACGGUCAAGGGCGGCGAGAAGGUUGGGAUCUGCGGCCGCACGGGGUCGGGCAAGAGUUCGCUCAUGGCGGCGCUCUUCCGCAUGGUGCCGUCGGCGACGGGCACGAUCACGCUGGACGGGGUGGACAUUGCGUCGAUCUCGGUCCGCACGCUCCGGUCGCGCCUGACCAUCAUCCCGCAAGACCCGGUGCUCUUUAGCGGGUCGCUUCGGUUCAACUUGGACCCGUCCAACACGUGCUCGGACGACGAGCUGUGGACGGCGCUCAAGCGAGUGCACUUGGACGAGUUUGUGGGGUCGCUCGAGUUUGCCGUGUCGGAGAAGGGCGGGAACGUGUCGGUGGGCCAGCGCCAGUUGGUGUGCAUCGCGCGCGCGUUGUUGCGCAAGUCCAAGGUCGUGGUGCUGGACGAAGCGACGGCCAACAUCGACCUCGAGACGGACCGGCUGAUCCAGCAGAUGAUCCAGGACGGGUUCCACGGCGUCACGCGGCUCAUCAUUGCCCAUCGGCUCGAGACGAUUUUGGACUCGGACCGGAUCCUCGUGCUGGACGCGGGCCGCGUCAAGGAGUUUGACGCCCCCGCCACCCUCCUCGCCAACAAGGACAGCGCGUUCGCCCAGCUCGCCCAACACGCCCACGUCCAAGUGUCAUAAAAUAUCCUAUUCACCCUAGCUUGAUGUGAAGCAUGCCAUCCACACACGCGGUAGAGACGUUCCUUGCACGAGGACCGGCGGCACUGCCCACGACUGGACUGGCUUCGACCUUUGUUCCAUGCCAACCUCGAACUAGAG